CGCUGCUGAGCGUGAGCAGGCUUUGCAGCUGGACAGGCAAAGGGAAGAAGAGAAUAUUAUUAUUAUUAUUAUUAUUUUAUAUAGACAGACAGACUAGAUAAAGAAGACUAAAAAGGGAUUUAAAAAAAAAAAAAACUGCAUCAAGAGAGGGGAGGAAACCUGAAAGAUCCUGCAGAACCUAAUACGGAUUUCCUAUCCUCCUCUACCUCCUCCUCCCCCCUGGAGGAACCAGGGGCUGACAUUAUUCCUCCUGGGGAGCUGAGGGUGCUGGGAGUGCCCCCCAAGGUUGUGGACAGAAAAUUAUCUGAACAAGGUUUUGACUCCAUCCUGUAACUGGGCCUGUUUCUGAGUGGUUGUGAUACAAUGGCGGUAUGGAUCCAGGCCCAGCAACUACAGGGUGAUGCUCUGCGUCAGAUGCAAGCACUUUAUGGACAACAUUUUCCUAUAGAGGUGCGACAUUACUUAUCACAUUGGAUCGAGGCGCAGGCAUGGGACUCAGUUGAUCCAGAGAACCCUCAAGAUAACAUGAAAGCUACACAGUUUCUAGAAGGGCUGGUGCAAGAACUUCAGAAGAAAGCUGAACAUCAAGUUGGAGAAGAUGGCUUUUUGCUGAAGAUAAAACUAGGACAUUAUGCAACACAGUUCAAGAACACUUAUGAACGAUGUCCCAUGGAGCUGGUUCGAUGCAUCCGACACAUUUUAUAUCAUGAACAAAGGCUUGUUCGUGAAGCAACAAAUUCCAGUUCUCCAGUCAGUGGUGUCGUGGACUCUAUGUCACAGAAGCACAUGCAGAUUAACCAAAUGUUUGAAGAGCUGAGACAUAUUACACAGGACACAGAAAGUGGCUUGAAGAAACUGCAACAGACACAAGAGUAUUUUAUCAUCCAAUACCAGGAGAGCCUGAGAAUUCAAGCCCAAUUCUCUCAGCUGUCCCAGCUCAGUCCCCAAGAGCGUAUCUCACGAGAGGCAACAUUGCAACAAAGGCAGACAUCCUUAGAGAGUUGGCUACAAAGAGAGGCCCAAACCCUCCAACAGUACAGACUGGAAUUAUCAGAGAAACACCAAAAAACUCUCCAGCUCCUACGCAAGCAACAGACAAUCAUCUUGGAUGAUGAACUGAUACAGUGGAAGAGACGGCAGCAGCUUGCUGGCAAUGGUGGACCUCCAGAGGGCAGUCUAGAUCUUCUACAGACCUGGUGUGAAAAACUGGCAGAAAUUAUCUGGCAGAACCGACAGCAGAUCAGGCGUGCCGAACACCUGUGCCAGCAGCUUCCCAUCCCAGGACCAGUGGAGGAACUUCUUGCUGAGCUCAACGCUACCAUCACUGACAUAAUCUCAGCGUUAGUCACCAGCACAUUUAUAAUUGAGAAGCAGCCACCACAGGUACUGAAGACACAGACUAAGUUUGCGGCUACUGUUCGUCUACUAGUCGGAGGCAAAUUGAAUGUCCACAUGAACCCACCACAGGUGAAGGCAACCAUCAUUAGCGAGCUGCAAGCCAAAUCUCUCCUGAAGAAUGAAAACACACGCAAUGAAAGCAGUGGUGAGAUCCUAAACAAUUGCUGUGUAAUGGAGUAUCACCAGGCCACUGGAACGCUGAGUGCUCAUUUCAGGAAUAUGUCCUUGAAAAGGAUCAAGCGCUCAGACCGUCGAGGAGCAGAGUCUGUAACCGAGGAGAAAUUUACCAUUUUGUUUGAGUCUCAGUUUAGUGUGGGAGGAAAUGAACUUGUGUUCCAGGUCAAGACUUUGUCUCUCCCUGUAGUGGUCAUUGUCCAUGGAAGCCAAGACAAUAAUGCCACAGCCACCGUCCUUUGGGAUAAUGCUUUUGCAGAACCUGGACGUGUGCCAUUUGUGGUCCCAGAUAAAGUUCUGUGGCCCCAGCUUUGCGAUGCUCUGAACAUGAAGUUUAAGUCCGAGGUUCAAAGUAACCGGGGGCUGAGUGAUGAGAAUCUGGUGUUCUUGGCUCAAAAACUCUUCAACAACACAAGCAAUCACAAGGAGGACUACAGCAACUUGACAGUGACUUGGGCCCAGUUUAACCGGGAGAACCUUCCCGGAUGGAAUUACACGUUCUGGCAGUGGUUUGACGGAGUGAUGGAAGUGCUGAAAAAACACUUAAAACCACACUGGAAUGACGGUGCCAUUUUGGGCUUUGUCAACAAGCAACAGGCACACGACAUGCUGUUAAAUAAAAGGGACGGAACUUUCCUUCUGCGUUUCAGCGAUUCUGAAAUUGGAGGGAUCACGAUAGCCUGGAAAUUUGAGUUGCCGGACCGAGCCUUGUGGAAUCUGAUGCCAUUUACUGCUCGUGAUUUCUCUGUACGUUCACUGGCAGACCGUCUUGGGGACCUAAAUUACCUGGCUUAUGUAUUCCCUGACCGGCCCAAAGAUGAAGUGUUCUCCAAGUACUAUACACCCGUUCACUGCAACACCUCUAAAGUAGAUGGUUAUGUCAAACCGCUGAUCAAGCAAGUGGUGCCAGAGUUUGUUACCACUGAUAUCCCAGCAAACAGCUACAUGGAUCAGGCUGCAUCUCCUGCAGUGUGUACACAAUCACAUUAUAACUUGUACCAGCAAAACCCUGACUCUGUGCUGGAUCCCGAUGGCGAAUUUGAUCUAGAUGACAGCAUGGAUGUGGCCCGUCAUGUGGAGGAGCUGCUGAGGAGGCCAAUGGACAACAGCCAGUGGAUACCCCAUGCCCAGUCCUGAUGCUGCCCUCUUGUCACCCUCUCCCUAGCCCCCUCCACUGCCUUCAAUACUAAAAAUGUGAAUUGUUAUCACAGAUUAAUUUUGGUAUUUUGUGCGUGGUGAAUUCAAGUGUUGUUUUUUUGUUUUCGUUUUGAUUUUAUUUUUUAAAUCUUAUUUUGUAAUUUUUCGGUACUUUUUUUGAAACCUUUUGACUUUCCCAUUUUUUUCAUCUUUUAACAUCCUUCUUUCCUACCCCAAGCUAAUUUUUUCGGUGGUUCAUUUUUAAUUUAAUUUUUUUUUGUUUUGUUUAGGCAAACGGCCCAUUUCUUGCCAGGGGAGCAAGCAAAGAGUUGCAGAGCUUGCUUUUGUGACAGUGAAAGGCUUAUAGUGUUUAGAAAAACAAAAUUAAGCUAAAUGUCAAUCAUGUUUACUCAAAUGUAAAUCGUUUCUCCAUGCCUGAGCCCUAGUUUGGAAAGGGGUAGUGGGAUCAGAGAAAGAGAAAACACAAUAAAUUGUAUCUAGGCCUCAGACAGGACAUACAAAUAUAAAUAUUUAAUACACAUACUAUAUAUUGGAAACAGCUCACAUUUAUGAGUUGGAGUCUGACAAGAGAAAUGCUGUGUGCUUUUUUUGCAUAUCACUGCAUGGCAUUCUGGGAAUAUGAAGCAACAACAUAUUCCUUGAACUGUCACGUGUGAAAUGUUUUUUUUUUUUUUUUUAAAUCUUUUUGGAUGUUUAGAUGAUGCACACUAGUGUAUUUUAACUAUAUAUUUAAAUCUGUAAAAGAUCUAUGGUCCCUUUUCUUCAUGCAUCUUGCCGGGUACAUUUUGUUCAUCUGGAUGAUUUUUAGUGGCCAUAAUAAAGCUGUGGCAUUAUUUAACAAAGUGUAAUCUCACAACUCGUUGCUGGCUGGGAAUGUGAAUAGCAAAUUGUAUGCUGCAUAUUAAUACCAUGAUGAUUUUUAAUUUGUGGCCAGACUCUACUGCAGCUCUAAUAAAUAAACAAAUAGAGGUCAUCUUUAAAAGUGAGAAUGUUA